UGGUCUGGAACAGGCUCGCUGCAGAGAAUAAAUCACCAUAGUAACUUGGCCGGGUUAAGUUUGACCUGCUUUCAUCCUUUAUCUUGGUUUUGUGCAAUACCCCUGUGGUCAGACACUUCAAUCCUGAACUGUAAACAAUGGUGGAGAACAGACAGCAACAACAGAGCCAGAAAAUGUGUAAAAACAAAGAACUGGACCGAGCCAGAGAGGAAACUAUGAUAAAUAUCAGAGCGUCAUUUCAGAGGUGGAGGAGCUGCAGGACUUGUAAGGACUUUUCUGCUGGACAGGACGAUGAACUCUGCCUCAGGGGGAUCUGAUGAUGGUGGAGCCGGCUGAACCGGGGCUCUGAUGGAGGCCGUGGACUACAGAGACGACCUGAGAGUGUCAGCAGGGAGGAUGAGGUGGUGGAGGGAGGUGGACGUGUGGAGAGACGGCGGGCGGCAGAGCAGACAGGCGGAGGACGAGGAGGGUGAAGAGCUGGUGGAGGUGAUGCUGCGAGGCAAAGCACCCUGGGGCUUCACCCUGAGGGGGGGGGGGGAGCACCGAGAGCCUCUGGUCAUCACAAAGGUGGAGGAGGGCAGCGUGGCGGCAGCAGUGCGUCUCCAGGUUGGUGAUGAGCUGGUGAGCGUUAACGCCGUGGCCCUCGGCGGCUCCCGUCAGGAGGCCAUCAGUCUGGUGAAGAGUUCUCACAGGACGCUGUCGCUGGUCGUCCACAGGAAGAAUGAUCCAGGCUCGCGGCCCCAUUCCUGGCAACCCUCCAAGCUGACAGAAGAGGAGUCCGAGCCCGCCAAGAGAGAGGCCGCCCCAGCACCAGUCUGGCAGCCAAAACAUGAAGCGAGGCCCAAAGAGUCGUCUGCUCAAAGGGACCAGGACACCCAGCAUCAGCUAACCAGCCAGUUCAGCUCAGCGAACAACAUGGAGAGAGUGGAGCGUCCCUCUCAUCCUUUCCCACCCGGUCGUCUUUCCCCAAACAAAUACACCAGCACUGCUGAGCCGCACUGUGGAGCAGGAGGCAAAAGAGAUGCCGGGUUGAGCUGUUUCUCUGGUAGCUCCAGCCCUCCUGUUCAUGACUCCAGUACUUUUGGAAGGAAGGGUACCAGUGCUGAAAACAUUUUCUUCAAGGGCCUCCAGAGUGAAGGGCCUCAGCCGGCCGAGAGGCCCAGAUACCUGCAGCCGACGCUGGGGAACGGAGGCUGGGAGGGGUCACGGUCGGAGGAGCAGCCAGCAUCCCGGGUUUCCAUUGUGGGGAGACCCAGCAUUGGCCCAGUGUGGCAGGUUCCAGAGAAGAAGAAGUCCCAGUCUCCUCCGCCCCCACCUCCCCCCCAGCGAAGUGACAGUUUUGCUGCCACAAAGGUGUUCCCAUAUUCUGAAGGUGGGCAAGUGAAGGGCAAAGGCAGGUCAAGUGAAAAACUGACAGAAAAUAAAAAGAAUGACCUCAGAUCUCACCAGGAGAAACCCUCAGAGGCCAGACACAGCUUCAACCCCCUGCGCACCAAAGACUUUCUCCAUCCCAACAUGGCAGCUGACCACAACCACAACCAGCUACACCCAAACAAACUCUUCUCCCUGUCCAGUAUUGAUGUCAGGCAGUCUCAUUACAGCCAAAAACAUGCCCAUCAGAGGCAAUACAGUGACGAAAGCCCCCUCUACCUCCAGACCAGGCCAGCUCCUCCCACCAAGACUCAGAGCGUAGGAAGCUACUACCGCAGCCUCCAGGAUCUGCCCACAAAUGCCUUCAGCCGCAGACAAGUUCGGCACUCCACAGCAUCCAUUGCAAGUUCUGCUGCAAACUUGGAAAACGGUGGUCACAACAGAUACUAUGGCCUGGCGAGCAAGCAUUCAGUUCAGACUGCUGAGCUUCAAGCCAGGCAGGGCAAAUCAGAGGGACGGAGGGGGGAAGCCGAUAAACUACACUGGGUGAACAGCAAUGACCCAGGCUUCCCAGGUUCACUGAAGGGAAACAUUCAGUCAAAGUACUCCAUACCUCAGUUCCACAUGCCUUACAGUGAAAACAAGGAGCGUAAUGGUCAUGCCCAUCCUGGGAAUGGUCUACAUUAUGACCGCCCAACCUCUGAACUUUCCGAUCAAAGUCGUAGCCCAGAAGAUGCUGCAAAGAGGGGUGAAGGACACUCUAAUGACAUGAAAAGACACUUCCCAGUACAUCCCAGUAAUGACCACAAGGUUGGUAUAUCAAGGAACCAAGACCCAUGGGUGCCUCAAGAGGAUCACAGAAUAUCCCCUAUGAAAACCCCACUUCUCCACUCCCUUGCCCAGGAGAGUAGGAUCCUGGCUGAGAGGCAGCCAGCAGCCAUGCCCACCCAGGAUGCCAGUGAUGUGGCUGCCAGCAGUGGAAAAACAAAUCGGCGCAGCGACCGUUACGCCACCACCCUCCGCAAUGAGAUCCAGCAGAAGCGAGCCCAGCUGCAAAAGAGCCGCAGUGCUGCAACCCUGACAUGUGAUGCAGAGGAUGAGGAAGCAGAAGAGUGGAGAUCCACAAAGACUUCUACAUCCUCUGGUGUCUCCUUCUCUAACACCUACAAGGACCACCUGAAAGAAGCGCAAGCCCGGGUCCUCCAGGCUACCUCCUUCCAAAGACGAGACCUUGAGCCUCUGGAGGUGCCAGCAGCUAAAACCUCCAACGGACGCGUUAGAGGACGUAAGCGUUUCCCCCUUGCCAAGAGGACGCACUCCUUCUCAGAACCUGACAAGAUAGACAAAGUCGGAGUGGAGGGAGAACCUCAAACAGGGUCUUUCGGAGAGAGGAGGAAGUUCUUUGAGGCCAAACCAACAUUUCCCAGGCCUGUGCUGAAGUCCAGUCAGGGUGCAAACUUAAACACAGACCUUGUUGAGACAGAAAAACCCAAAGAGAGGACUGAGGAGGUACAGCCAUCCACAGACCCCAACCAACUCAGCCCUGGACGUAAGCAGGUCUUACUAGAGCAGCAGAGACUCGGGACCUUUGCUGAGUACCAGGCCACAUGGAGCAAACAGAAGAAGUCAACCGAGGCCAAGACGCAAGGGAGGUAUCACUCAGCAGAGAACAUCUUGGAUGCAGAUGCAGAGGAGAAGGCUGUCUGCAUCCACGAGAGAUCCCGAUCUUCUCCGUCUGCAGACUUCUACACACAGAAUAUUCCUUCAACAUGGAGAGACGCUCCCAGCCAGCAGAGCAGUCACAGCAGAGGACAAACUGAGCCCAGGCAGCGUUACCAGCCCGACCACAGCCCUCACUCGGCCCCGUCGGCCCCCAGAAACGAGGGCCCGGUCCAAGCCUCCAGUGACCACAGGACCAAACCAGACGCAGCCAGUGCCUCCCACCCCACGCAGUCCUCGGGCCCUCGCAGCCUCAGCCCUUCUUCCCAGCACUCGUCCCAGCCUCCACAAACCAAGGGCCUCCUGCCGCCGCCCAGGCCCCAUUUAGGCCCAGAAACCACAUCCUCCUCCCAGGAAUUCCUCCCCGGCGCCCAGGCGGACCAGGCAGUACUCCAGCCUCUGUCCAGCUCCAGCUCUGACACCCAGCACCACGCGGCUGUCCAGAACUCCCCCGCCGGCGCCGCCCCGACUCCGGCCAGCUCCCCUCACCUCAGCAGAGGAGGAGUAGGUGUAGAAGACAUAGAGGAGAAGGAGCAGCCACCUUCCUCUUCAUCCCUGUCUUUGUCCCGGACUUUACUUCUUCCUGGAGACCGAGCUCGGUCCCCCUCGCCUCAGUUUGCACCUCUGCGACUGACCGACAAGCCGCCGGCCGUGUUCGUGCAGGAUGAGUCACCGCUCAGGUCAGAGAGUGAUGUGAAGCUCGCAGCAGAGAUGGAUCCAAACAGUCCGGUGAGGAAAGUCCCCGUCAGGAUCGUCCACAGCGAGAGCAGCUCGGAGCGAGAAGGCCGGGCGUACCUGCCUCAGAGCACCGAGAGCUGCUUCGUCUUCCAGCCGCCGCCCUGCGUCCUCUCCCUGAGCGCCGCCGAGCGCCCGGCCUCGUCUCUGUUCAGCGUCUACACCCGGCAGGCCGAUCAGGAGCCCUUGGCCCAGGAGCCGAGCUCAGCAGGCGCUCGGCACUCAGAGGAGGACGCCAAGAGAGAGGAGCUGGCCCGAGACAUCAUGGGGAAAGACAAGUCCCUGGUGGACAUCUUGGACCAGAGCGGCAGGAUGACCACCAUGGACCUGAUGGAGGGACUCUUCCCCUCGGAGGAGCAGAUCCUGGAGGGAGCCCUGCAGCGCAGGAGGACCUCCUCCGGCUCCAGGCUGCCCACCGCGUCCCCCGGGAGCAUGGACAGGCGGGAGGAGGACGACGUCUCGCUCUCGGCAGCAGCCUCUCUGGUUCCCAGCUCCUCCUACUACAACACAUCUGCUCCCAAAGCCGAGCUCCUCAUCAAGAUGAAGGACAUGCAGGAGCAGCUGGAGGAGCAGGACUCUGAGGACGAGCUGGACGUCGACCUCGCCAGUAAAAAGCAAGAGCUGAUCUCCAGCCUGGCCGGGAAGCUGGAGGUGCUGCGGGAGGCGCGACACAGCCUGCAGGAGGACGUGGAGGACAACGAGGCUCUGGGCCGCGAGGUGGAGGCCACCGUGCAGCGCCUCUGUCAGCCCAACCAGCUCGACAAGUUCCGCAUGUUCGUGGGCGACCUGGACAAGGUGGUGAGCCUGCUGCUGUCGCUGUCGGGGCGGCUCGCCCGGGUGGAGAACGCCCUCAACAGCCUGGAGGAGGAAGCUCCACCAGAGGAGAAGCGAACCCUGACAGAGAAGCGGAAGCUGCUUAUGCGACAGCACGAGGAUGCCAAGGAGCUGAAGGAGAACCUGGACCGUCGGGAGCGGCUGGUCUCCGGCAUCAUGGAGGCCCACCUGGACGCAGAGAGCCUGGACGACUACCGCCACUUUGUGAAGAUGAAGUCGGCCCUCAUCAUCGAGCAGCGUAAACUGGAGGACAAGAUCAAGCUGGGCGAGGAGCAGCUGAAGUGUCUGGUGGACAGUCUGCCGCUGGACCAGAGGCCGCUGCUCUGAUGACCGCAGGAGGAUCUCAACACCUGAGGCUGCGACAUGUGGCAUCAUCAUAUUCAUGUAUUGUUACAUCGUGUUCAUCAAGGUAAAGUAUUGAGGAACAGAAAUGGGACGUAUAUUUUUCUGGCGGUUCAUCUGCAGCCUUCGAUGAGUCGAUCAGACGGAUCCAUGAGUAAAAACGACGGCGUCUCUGAGGCCCAAACUGUCGAAUCAACAACUUCCUCCCUUUAUAUUUCAUUUUUUACCUUCAUCAGCAUUCAGAGCGUCCAGAUAUUUUUGAUUUAAGACUCAACACGUUAAUUCUCCAGGACUGAAACUCUGAUCGUAGAUGAUGUACAGCUUAUUUAUUUGUACCUCGACGCAAGUGAAUCACUGCAGUUUCAAAAUUCACAUUUAAACCAAAUAAUGUUCUCGACCGUAACGUAAAACACAUCUCAGUGUUUCCAGUCUCCUUUUUUCUUAUUUGUGUUUCAGCGGCAUCGUGAACUCUGAACUCUCCUGCUGAACGCUUCGUAAUUAAUCAUCCUCACGUGUGUGUUUUAAGAUUUAAAGUGAUAUCUUCUAGUAAUUUAUUGUAGCCUUUUUGAAAAGAGCGAUAUGUAUAAAGGGGAAGUGUUUCCCCAGUAAUUUAUUUUGAUUCAUGACAAACUUUUUUUCUAAUGAAAUGAAAUGAAGAGUUUGAUUCCAGAAUGCUAUAAUCUAAUUUUUAAAAGUGUUAUCAACUUGUUAUAUUUCCUGCUUUUGCAACAAAUCAUCACUUUCUUCACGUAGCUUUAUUAUUAUUUCACAUUAUAUCUCACUUUGGAGUGAAACUCUGCUAGAAGAAGAGGUGAAUCUGAUAACUUUAUUCUCACAAAGACGGUUUAAUCGCUGAUAAUCUAACACUUGGUGCUUCUUGCUCAAGUUCCUCCAAAACCUGCAGGACUCCUGGACUCCUGACUGACGUGAAGGACUGAGGCACCUCUGGAGAAGGUUAGCACUUUACUCUUUGGUUUGGUCCAAUCAGGGGACUCUCUGCAUAUAUAUUUAUUUGAAGACGUGCCUACUGUAGCCUCCCCACCACUGUUAACUUCAUGGACUGGCGCGGGCGUCCCACUGGGUACCGUGUUCGGCCCACGCUCGCUUCAUGUAUGCAGUGAAAACCUGUCAGCAACUUUCAGAGCAAUAAAAUGGUAAAGCUGA